AUGGCCAUGCAGGUGUUGUGGGACUUGAGAAAAACCUUCAGGUGUGCUGUUUUAACUGGCUCCACCUCAGAUAUUACAAAAGUUGCAAUGGAGGUUGUCCAACUUUUCACAGCAGGCAGUCAAAACCACCAGAGAACUGUGUUGUUGUUGCUGAACAAUGAGUCGAUUCUGGAAGAUCUCGAAGUCAGCAUUAUGAGGAUAGUUGCUGAGCAGAAGAUAGUUACUCAUAUGCCUUUGGUCAUUUUCCUCAGCUGUGUGAGAAACAAUGCACCUCAACAGAGUGACCACGUUGUCCUAAAGAACACACUCUCAGACAAUGAGAAGAAAAAUUUUGAUAAGAAAAAGGAAGAGCUUCAAAAGAGGUACAAAGAUAAAUGUGAACAGUUUCAUGGCUUUAACAUAAUGCAAAGUAAUUUCUCUCAGGACUACGUCAGGGAGGCAUGUGCUGCAUUAGAAAACAGCAAAAAAACAAAUCAGUCACUGAAGCUUGCUGCCUUCCUGUGUCUGUUGAACGCCUACGUACCAGGGUCAUAUCUCCUGGAGUCUCAGUGCCUGGACUUCCUCAGACAAGACAAGUAUGAUGACCUUUCACUGGAGGAUCAAAUGCAGCCUUUAAAUCAUCUCAUUAUUACCUUCCAACAAAAUGAAAGUUGUGAGAAAAAAGUCCGCAUGGCUCACACUAUGAUAGCAGAAUGUUGUACUAAACUGUUGGCAAAGACAGGUGUGACCAGAAGUGACACAACAAGAAACUUCUUGAACAGUUUUUGCAGAUAUGAGAUUCCUCUGUGGUUGCUUGGUUUUGUCAAAGACAUGCUAACCAAAAGAAAAAUGAAAAAAGAAGAGGACCAAGUCAACAGCACAGAAAUGAAACAGGAAAAGUUUUCUAGACUAAUUCUAGACAUUCAUACGAUGGAGGGGAAAGAGCAGUGUGCAACAGUUUUAAAAGUGGCCUCAAAUACAUUUGGUCAAAAUCCAUUUUUUCCACAAGCUCUUGCUCGUUUUUAUUAUAUAGAACUAAAAGACUACAAUCAGGCAGAAAUGUGGGCACAGAGAGCAAUAGAAAGAGAUCCUCAAAAUUCUUUUGUUGCUGACACACUUGGCCAAGUCCAUAAAAACCGCCUAAUGAAGCAAAAUGUUUCUGCCAAAACAAGAGAAAUUUUGCAAAUGGCUCAAAAAGCGAUUAAAGCUUUUGAAGAUGAAGAAAGAUUAGCUGAGGAUGAAGAUGGACCAGACAUGAAAGAACAUGGCAAGAGGAAUGUUUCAAGACUUUUUAAUUCAAGAGGGCUUUUUGGUUACCUGCAGGUCUGCAAUACUCUAUAUGACAAACUUUUUAGUCAAAAUGAAACCUGGGAAAAGGUUCUCACAAAAAAAGUAUCGGCGACCUCUUUCCUGAAAUCACUUAGAGGCUACAAACUCCUCGGAUUCAUUGAACUACUAGAAAGCCUCAGAGAUAAAGUUGAAAGAAAAUGCAUGUUUUUGGAACAAUAUCUGACUUACUCAAAGCCUAACACAGAGAAAGAUGAUCCUGAAUAUAUAUCUGAAGAUACCUCAGAGUGCUACCAGAAGUAUGUUGGAGACACAACUGCAAAACAACUCAUCCAGAUGUUUCAGGAGGGAAACCUAGAUGAACAGUCUGUGGAAGCACUGUCAUUUCUUGUCAAACAAUACACUCAAUCAGAGCUCGAAUACAUAUCUACAAAGUGUAGAGAAAUGUGUCCAAGUGCAGAUUCAGAGACAGCUCUGGUCAACAACAUCCUCACACUAUUUAGACGGAAAAUGCCCCCAAGUGACACAGACCCACCUGAGCUGCACAUGUUCACCCUUCUCUUGUACUGGCCUGAAAAUGAAGGCCAGUGUGUUUAUGACAUCAGUCAAAUAAUUCAGCAAAUGCAGAACACUUACGAAAAUGCAUAUAAGAAGUACUUUCGUGCCAGGUAUCUUCUUCCUGUGUUUUUCAUUGGAAAAGGUGAAGGUGUGAAAAGAAUUGUUCACAGAACAAUUAUUGAAAAUCAUCUGAAAGCAAAACCAGAUUGGAGCGAUAACUGGAAGAAAGAAGAAAUCUUCAGAAGUCCUGAUGUCCAAGAGCUCCUUCUUAGACUUGAUGGAGUAGUAAGAGACUACGGAGUAUAUACAGGAGUUGGUGGUAAAGAGACUAAGAUCAAUGCCAAUCUGCAAAACAGCUGUUGGAAAAAACGUCAAGUUACCUUCUACCUUGGAUUUACUAUCAGAGGUCCUGUGGCCUUUGGCAUUCAGAAUAAAACUGCAGACACAGUUAUUGCAGAUCAGAAUGGGAAAACUCUGACCAACAGUGUGAAAGAGACCAAAGCUGCCCCUUAAGCUUUAAACAUCAUACAAGAUAAUGGGGGACAUCCAAGUUUGUGAAUCCUGCUCAACAUCCCCCCCAAUAGGAAAGUGAUUCUGAAGCUUCCUUUAUAGUAUUUAUGUCUUUUUAUAUGUAGGGGCAAAAACUAAAAGGGGAAAAUUGUGCUGUAGCGUUGAUGUGAUGCAUGUGAUCCAGCACUUUUAGUCAUGUAUGUAUUGUCUAUGCUAACACCUCAGAUUAAACAACAGACUUUCUGAUUCUUAGAGAUGAUUUACUUCCUAAAAUUUGGCUUCUUUGCAUAGUGUCUAUUUAAUAUUUUGUUUAUACAUUUCUAAAGACUUUGCUAAUCAACAUCUGAAGAAAAAUGUCUCCUCAAAGUAUCGUUUUAAAUUGUUGUUUUGCUUCCUGUCUUGUUACUCCUGUUUUUUUUCCUUCCUGAGUUCCCAGCUGUCUUCACCUCCCUGAUCACCCUCGCUGUGUAUAUACUGGCCAAAUCUGCCCUUGUCUGGUGCUGGAACGUAGGUUCUUUCUCCAUGCUAGUACUUUCCAGGUUAUGUUUCCUGCAGGCAAAGUCUUAGUCUACGUUUGCCUUUUAUUUUGUAUUUUGU